AGCUUCGUUACCAUGGUACAGAGACGCUAACCAAUGUUAUACUACACCCGCGCACACAAUACAAAUACUUCCCGCGAAUUGUUUUCUGUUUUAAAAGCAAGAAGGAUGGCAAAAGAAGGGAUGGUUGUCACGUAAGGGGCUCCAUCCGUGGGGACAGCACUGUCGUAUGCUUCGAAAAGGCCGAUUAAUACGCAUACGCGUUUCAAAGGAAAAGGUAAAAAAGAAAUAGAAAAAUACUUUGUGAUUGAGAAAAAAAAAUUCUGAAAAAUAAAUAAAAAACAAGAUGAUGAUCAUAAUAAAUCAGGUUUUUCUCUGUGAAAUUUGUUAUGUGUCAUUUAACUUGCCGUAAAAAGAUCGGUGACGGACAAUGGCGUAGAGACAAUUCUCGUGUUUUGUGCUAUCAGCUGAUGGACUUGAUGGACCCUUGUAUACUUAUCAAAACAGAAGACAUCAUAGCAGUAAAUCCCGUCUCUUGUUGCAAAAUGUCAUGUUACGAUGCGUGAUAUUGUGUGCAUUAUAAUAAACUAACUCGAAGCUGAAAGUUUUUUUCCGACUUAACAUCGACUCCAUUAUUCACUGUCAUUGAGCAUAGUGUUUUCAUCUGAGAUCUUUAGUAAAUUUUUAAUAAUGGGGGCAGCUGUAAGCAGUGGACAAAACAAUGAUGAAUUAGUUAAUAACUUAAUGAAAUCUGGAUAUAUAAGAACAAGAAAAGUAGAACAAGUUUUUAGAGCUGUUGAUAGAGCAGAUUAUGUUUUACCAUCUCACAGAGAUAGAGCUUAUAAUGAUCUUGCCUGGAAACAUGGCAACAUUCAUUUAUCCGCACCAUGCAUAUAUAGCGAGGUGAUGGAAAGUCUUUCAUUGGAAUCAGGAUUGAGCUUUUUAAAUCUUGGGUCUGGAACUGGUUAUCUCAGUACAAUGGCAGGACUCAUAUUGAACCAACAUGGAACAAAUCAUGGCAUUGAGUUGCAUGAAGAUUGUUUAGAAUAUGCGUACGAGCGACUUGAAGAAUUUAAACAGAAGUCAUUAGCACUGGAUGAAUUUGACUUUUGUGAACCAGUUUUUAUACAAGGGAAUUGUCUGAAUGUUGCACCUGGUAGACAAUAUGACAGAGUAUAUUGUGGUGCAGCAUGUCCUGAAAAUUACGAAGGAUUUAUUAAACAAUUUGUAUGUAUUGGAGGUAUUCUCGUGAUGCCAUUCAAAGAUCAUUUGUUACGUGUACUUAGAAUAGACGAGGAUACUUGGUUACACUUUAAAAUGCUUCCUGUAUCAUUUGCAACAUUAGUUGUACCUACUACAACGGAGCAAACUUUAUUUCAUUUACCUGAAUGUGUGCCGUUAUCUCUACAAGAACUAUGUAGAGGUAAAAUUAGACGUUGUUUGCGAUUAAAUGUAUGGAAAGAGCACGAAGAUCUGGAAACGGAAAAAGUGAUACUAUUAGAACGAAGAAGAUUCAAUUCCCCCCAACAAACAUUAACAAGAUUUGUAAUUCCUGUAUUGGGAGAAUCCGAUGGAUCGAUAUCGGAUGAAUCGGUGUCUGACGAAGAUGAUGAAUUUACAAGAAGGGUAUGCGUAUUGCUUAGCGUGGAUGCCGAUCCUAGAGAUUUGUAUACAACUUCUCAAGUACGGGCUGUCGUAUUGUGCAAUAUGAACGAAAAUCAAAAUUGGCAAGUAGUGAAUAACAACGAUAACGUUGACUGGUACAAUCAGAAUUCCGAAAAUUCUACGAACAGUAACAAAUCUGUUUCACGGACAGAAGAGGGUAACGAUGAACAAACCACUUCGAAUCCGAUGGAAGAAAAAUCUCAAAACAAAUCCGAACUACAAAAUUUUAACAACGUGAGCGAGACUUAUUUAAACUUGCUCAAGCAUACUGAAACGUUGUUAAAUAUAAGCGAAAGUGAUAGCGAAACGGAACAGGAUGAGACUCUUCCUGUUCAGCGUAAAAAAAUGGCGAAACGAGAGAAAACGGAUAGCGGUAUCGUAGAGGAUGUAAAUUUAAGCAACGAGGAUAGCUCGAAUACCAGUCAAUCGGACUCAAAACCUGUUGAAUCUCCGGACACCACGAACGCAAUGGACGUGGAUCCGUCCGACGUUUCCCGUGAUCAAGAAGUAAUAAUCGCUCGUUAUGUGAAUAGCAAUGCCUUUUCUACUUAUAUGAAAGAGAAAAUACAAGAGUUACCAUUGCCUUUUUCAUCAAAAUUGUACCUAAAUUAUAAUCGUAAGCUGUAAUAUAAGUAAAUUACAUACGCAAGUCAUAAUACUCUAAUUUAAAUAAAUAAAUGAAUAAAUAAAUAUAUGUAUAUUUACACACGUGUGCGUGCGCGCAUACAUACUUAAUAUUAUGUAAUAAUUUACAUGAAAUAAUUACUGACUGUUAUU